AUGGCGUCCGCGCUCCCGCUCCUCCUCGCCCCCCGCCCCAUCGCCUCCCCGAGGCCCGCCCCGACGGGCCGCUUCCUCUCCCUCGCCGCCCCCCUCCGCGCCGCCGCUCCCGUCCCGGCAGCCGCCGCCCCCCGCCUCGCACGGCUCCAGCCGCUCCACGCGGCAUCCCCCUGCAACUAUGUCGCCGCGGCAGCGACCGGGGGAGCGGAGGUGGCCAGAGCGAAGUGCCUGCAGUUCGUGGCCUGGUAUCUUCUGUCUCUCGACAAGCGUCCGGUGGCCACUAAGGCGGUCACUUCCGCUCUGCUGAAUAUGGCCGGGGACCUCAUCUGCCAGCUUGUAAUCGAUAAAGCGCCAAAGCUGGACUUGAAGAGAACAUUUCUGUUCACGUUAUUGGGACUUGUCCUGGUUGGGCCAACCUUGCAUAUCUGGUACUUGUAUCUGAGUAAAUUAGUAACUUUCAGUGGGGCUUCAGGUGCCAUUUCUCGCCUGUUACUUGAUCAGUUCAUCUUUUCUCCAGUUUUUAUUGGAGUCUUCAUGAGCUUACUGGUAACCUUAGAGGGAAGGCCAUCUCUUGUAAUGCCAAAGCUUAAGCAGGAGUGGUUCUCUUCGUUGAUCGCAAAUUGGCAAUUGUGGAUACCCUUUCAGUUCCUGAAUUUCUACUUUGUCCCACAGAAGCUACAGGUUCUCGCUGCUAAUUUUGUAGCCCUUGCAUGGAACGUUAUUUUGUCAUAUAAGGCCCAUAAGGAGGUUAUCGUGGAAUAGCCAAAUAGGUUUCAGCCAGGUAGCGACGAUCUGAGGUAUUAUUGUUUAGAUAGUAGGCUGUAGGCCAGGGUAUGUACUGUUUCGGCUGUGAUGUGUAGGGCCAGAUCAUCUGUAUAUUGCGAUGGAAGGCCGAAACGUGUUAAUUAUCCUCGUGGCAUGGUUGUGUUGCCCAACCAAUGUUUUACCUGUUUGCUAUGGUAUGGCCUGCAUUUCUGUAUCUUGUCUGUUAAGUGCAAGCCGGCCAUGCUGCUUAAUAAUGCUUCUAUGCCGAUAUGUGUUGCACACUC